AUGAAGUCCGGGGAAUGCCUCAUACAAUGGCUUCUCCAGCGGGUUGCCGCACUUAGCGGAGCCGCAGAGUCUGAGUUGGACAGUGACAACAAUGACGACGAUAAAGGUAUAGAUGACUUCGGUCUGCAGCUCAUGUCAGCACUGCAAUCCUCCAGCAUGGUCCAUCCAUCCAAAUCUUCCCCUCCAUCGUCGUUGAGGGAUCAGGGUCCACUGUGA